CAUGAUGGAUUUUUCCAAGCUACCCAAAAUACGUGAUGAAGAUAAAGAAAGCACAUUUGGUUAUGUCCAUGGGGUCUCGGGGCCUGUGGUUACAGCUUGUGAUAUGGCAGGUGCAGCCAUGUAUGAACUGGUGAGAGUGGGCCACAGUGAAUUGGUUGGAGAGAUUAUUCGAUUGGAGGGUGACAUGGCUACUAUCCAGGUGUAUGAAGAAACUUCUGGUGUGUCUGUUGGAGAUCCUGUACUUCGCACGGGUAAACCUCUCUCAGUAGAGCUUGGUCCUGGCAUUAUGGGAGCUAUUUUUGAUGGGAUUCAGAGACCUUUAUCAGAUAUCAGCAGUCAGACUCAAAGCAUCUACAUCCCCAGAGGAGUAAAUGUAUCUGCUCUUAGCAGAGACAUCAAAUGGGAUUUUACACCUUGCAAAAACCUACGGGUUGGUAGUCAUAUCACUGGUGGAGAUAUUUAUGGAAUUGUCAAUGAAAACUCACUUAUCAAACACAAAAUCAUGUUACCACCACGAAACAGAGGAACGGUCACUUACAUUGCACCACCUGGGAACUAUGAUACCUCUGAUGUUGUCUUGGAGCUUGAAUUUGAAGGUGCCAAGGAAAAGUUCAGCAUGGUCCAAGUUUGGCCUGUUCGGCAAGUUCGGCCUGUCACUGAGAAGCUGCCAGCCAAUCAUCCUUUGCUGACUGGCCAGAGAGUCCUUGAUGCUCUUUUCCCGUGUGUCCAGGGAGGAACUACUGCUAUCCCUGGGGCUUUUGGCUGUGGGAAGACGGUGAUUUCACAGUCUCUAUCCAAGUAUUCCAACAGUGAUGUUAUCAUCUAUGUAGGAUGUGGUGAAAGAGGAAAUGAGAUGUCUGAAGUCCUUCGGGACUUCCCGGAGCUCACAAUGGAAGUCGAUGGUAAGGUAGAGUCUAUUAUGAAGAGGACAGCUUUGGUAGCAAAUACGUCCAACAUGCCUGUUGCUGCCAGAGAAGCCUCUAUUUAUACUGGAAUUACGCUGUCAGAAUAUUUCCGUGACAUGGGCUAUCAUGUCAGUAUGAUGGCUGACUCCACUUCUCGAUGGGCUGAAGCCCUUAGAGAAAUCUCUGGUCGCUUAGCUGAAAUGCCUGCAGAUAGUGGAUAUCCUGCAUAUCUUGGUGCUCGUCUGGCCUCGUUCUACGAGCGAGCAGGCAGAGUGAAAUGUCUAGGAAAUCCAGAAAGAGAAGGGAGCGUCAGCAUUGUAGGAGCCGUUUCUCCACCUGGUGGUGAUUUUUCUGAUCCAGUUACAUCUGCUACUCUCGGUAUUGUGCAGGUAUUUUGGGGCUUAGAUAAGAAGUUGGCUCAGCGCAAGCACUUCCCCUCUGUCAAUUGGCUGAUCAGCUACAGCAAGUACAUGCGUGCUUUGGAUGAGUACUACGACAAACACUUUACAGAGUUUGUUCCUCUGAGGACCAAGGCUAAGGAGAUUCUACAGGAAGAAGAAGACUUGGCAGAAAUUGUGCAGCUUGUGGGAAAGGCUUCUUUAGCAGAAACAGAUAAAAUCACUCUGGAGGUGGCAAAACUUAUCAAAGAUGACUUCCUACAACAAAAUGGAUACACUCCUUAUGACAGGUUUUGCCCAUUCUACAAGACGGUAGGAAUGCUGUCCAACAUGAUCGCGUUUUAUGAUAUGGCCCGGAGAGCUGUUGAAACCACUGCCCAGAGUGAUAAUAAAAUCACGUGGUCCAUUAUCCGUGAGCACAUGGGAGAGAUCCUCUAUAAACUUUCUUCCAUGAAAUUCAAGGAUCCAGUGAAAGAUGGUGAGGCAAAGAUCAAGGCAGACUAUGCACAGCUUCUUGAAGAUAUGCAGAAUGCAUUCCGUAGCCUGGAAGACUAGAACUGUGAUUUUUUUUUCCCUCUCUUUCCUCAAAAAAUGUGUGUAUUUUCCUAAAUUCUCAUCUCAAACCCUUUGCUUCUUUAUUGUGCCGCUUUGAGACUAGUGCCUAUGUGUAGUAUCAUUUGUUUCCCUGUUUAUUUGGUAGGUCUUACAGAAAACAAACAUUCCUUUGUUUCAGUGUUUGAAAGGCCUCUCUGAUUUUCUUUAUCUGAAGUGGUGAAUGUAGUAAAUAUAUAUCUAAUGGCUACACUACUGUAAACUUGUCAUGUAAGGUGAUGCACAUAACCUUUUCCUAGGUUUGCCCUCUCCUCAUUGCCAUUGAGUUGUAAAAAAGACUCCUGCAUGCACUCUGUUUGCAGUGGAUUUAAAGGGAAAGACCAGGUACUCUAUGAAAUGACCCAUUGUCUAGAUGGUGAGGUGAUUUGCAGCUUAGCAUUUGCUAAGUAACUACUUUGCAGGAUAUUUUCCGUUUUAAAACACGGGUGAUUAAUGUUCCAAUUAUGCAUUGCUUUCCCAGUAUAAAUCAGGAAUAUUUGUGGGGAA